UACGUCACCUUUCAAACUCCAGUGCUGGACUGGUCUCAGUCAUGUCCUCUAUGCAGCCACACGGGGCCCGCUGUAGAGUGGACUAAGUCCAUAUUAGCUGGACACUUCAUCCUGCUGUUUUAGCAAAACUGAACCAUGGAAAACUCUGGCAGGUCUUACAGGUCUAAGCAAGCCAGCUGGGAGAGGGGAGGAGCAGCCGCAGGAGCAGCAGACAAGGAAGAAAGAUGGAAGAUGCAGGAUCAGGUUCGAGGACAGAACCUGAGAUCAGAGGGAGGUCAGCAGGGAAAGAAGAACCAGGUUGGAGCCUACAGGGCAAGCCCCAAGAAGGGAGGCCCGGGACCCCUGAGCUACUCUCCUGUUGGAAUCAGAGGCGGUCACAGCCCGUCCCAGAGGGACAAUUUCCGGUGGUUUUCAGGUCCUGAUAGCAGUGUUGAGAGUCAAGAGGACUACUGGAGGGAGUUCUCGAAGGAGCAGCACUGGAGGAGGAGUGCCCAGGCAGAAGGUCCAAAGGACGACAGGGAGCAUGGUAGGAGGGAUUCUACAGAGGGCGGUGCUCCCAAAUCUGGAAGAAGACGGAGAAACAGAAAUAAGAAAAAAGCCUUUGCUGAAGAGAACAGAGGCCUCUUGACUGAAGAGUCCACAUUCUCAGCCAAAGAGUUGCGCAGCCUCCGGCAAGCUGAAAGGCGGCUUAAGAAGGAUGAGAUUUACUGCCUGAAGAAGAAGCCCCACAACAACCCUGGUGCAGUUUACACCUGUGCUCUGUGUGAUAUUCUGCUGGAAUCUGUUUCUGAUGCUUACAGGCAUAUCAGAGACAAACGGCACAAGAAAAGGGCCCGGGAGAGACAAGAACAAGUGAUGCUGACUGAGAUUCUGCCUCCUAGUCCAGAGCAGAUAAGUGCAGUGAGUGCAGCACUAGAGGCUGUUUUCCAGGAACAUGGGAUGAAUGACCAGGAUGUUGAGAAGAGACGAUGUGUUGUCUCCAUCAUGCAAGACCUCCUUUUGUCCGUCCUGCCUGAGAUCAACCUCAGGCUAUAUGGAUCUUCUUGCACUAAGUUUGGAUUUAAGGAUUCUGAUGUCAACAUUGACAUUCAGUAUCCACCUCACAUGCAUCAGCCAGAUGUGUUGUUGAUGGUUAAGGAGAGCCUUUCCGGAAGCCCUCUCUUCAUUAAUUUGGAAGCUGAUUUCCAUGCCAGGGUGCCAGUGGUCAUUUGCAAAGAGAAGAAGAGUGGCCUGAUCUGCAAAGUCAGUGCAGGGAACGAAAAUGCUUUCCAGACCACCUGCUACCUGUCUGCUCUUGCCAGUCAAGAACGUCUCCUGCUGCCGCUGGUUUUAGGGCUGAGACGUUGGGCUCGGAUCUGCGACAUCGACCGUUCUGAAGAAGGAGGCCUCCCACCAUACGUCUUUGCCCUCAUGGUUAUCUUCUAUCUGCAGAAGCGCAAAGAGCCUCUCUUGCCUACUUACCUGAACCAGGAGGUUAAGACGUUUUCGCUCAGCAGGCUAUCAGACUUCAAUCUCACACAUACAGAAGAUGGAUAUUUCCACUGGACCUACAACCAAUCCUCCAAAGAGGCGUCACAGCCAGCAGAGGGCGCCUGCACGAAGGGGAAGGUGCCGCUGGUUUUUCAGAGACCCCAUCCAUCGGUGGAAGUCGGGCUCCUCUGGAUCGAAAUGCUGCGCUUCUACUCGCUGGAGUUCAUCAUGGCUGACAACGUCAUCAGCGUGCGGACUGCUGUCGUCCUCUCUCGGGAGAUGAAAGACUGGCCCAAAAAACGCAUCGCUAUUGAGGACCCAUUAUCUGUGAAGAGAAAUGUGGCCCGCACUGUGAACAGCCCGCAAAUGUACGAUUACAUCCUCCACUGCCUCAAAUCCACAUACAAGUACUUUGCACUUCCACUCAAUUUCUCAGCUGCUAAUCACAAAAGACAGGCCAGACAGGGACCUACUCAAGGACCAGACUCAAAGCAAUUUAACGACGAUCUCCUGGGCUUGUCAGGGGUCGGUGAGCUCACGCUUCACUCGGAACACACAAGUCAUCCGUACGCUGGACAGAACGGUCCAGACGACUCCGACUGCAUUAUUGAGGAAGAGGAAGAAGUUGAAGAAUGCAGUGACUCUGAUGAAGAGAGGGAGAAGGAAAAAGCAGAUCUGGGCAAAAGCAGUCUCUCAGAGGAUGAGGAGGAUGAGGACGAGGAUGUAAACAUCGACCUGGACAUAUAUGACCGAGCUCACUUGGACAGCUUGACCACGGAAGAUGAAGACAUUUUCCAAGUGGAUGAGAUUUCUGGGGAUGAGCUUUUGUCCGAUGAAGAGGGUCCAGAUUUGGACACACCUGGUUCAAUGGACGAGGAAGAGGAUGAAGAGCUGGAUCCUCUCGCUGGCAACCUUUCAUCCCCGCCUCCAGAGGAUGCAACAAAAGAGGAAAGCCCAGAAAAUAAAACCCAAAAACAAAGCAAACGGGCUUAUGAGUUCACAAAACAAGCUUUCACCAGAGGAAAGUCCCACAUGGUUGUGUGCAGCUUGUGCAAGCGUGACGGACAUCUUAAGAAAGACUGUCCGGAAGAUUUCAAGAAAGUGGAGCUGUAUCCGUUGCCUCCAACAACACCUGAGUUUCUCAGUGUCCUUGACAAAGUCUGUGAGCAGUGCUACGUGGACUUUGCUCCAGAUGAAAUGGAAGUGGACGUAAGAGAGCACAUCCUUCUACACUUGGAGACCUUUAUCAGACGACAGUUUCCUGGAGCCCGGCUACAACUGUUUGGCUCAUCCAAAAAUGGUUUUGGCUUCAGACAGAGUGACCUGGACAUCUGCAUGGUUUUAGAGGGUCAAGAAACCAUUGAUGAUGCCGAGUGCAUUAACAUCAUUGAAAGCCUCGCAAAAUUGCUCAAGAAAAACUCAGACCUGAAGAACAUCCUACCCAUCACUACAGCUAAAGUCCCCAUCGUUAAGUUCUUCCACAUUCGUACCGGCUUGGAGGGAGACAUCAGCCUCUACAACACGCUGGCCCUGCAUAACACAAACCUGCUGGCUUCAUAUGCUGCCAUUGACGGAAGGGUGAAGGUUCUCUGCUAUGUCAUGAAAGUUUUUGCCAAGAUGUGCGACAUUGGGGAUGCUUCACGUGGCAGCCUCUCGUCCUACGCGUACACCCUCAUGGUGCUGUUUUUUCUUCAGCAGAGGAACCCACCGGUUAUCCCUGUCCUGCAAGAGAUCUAUGGGGGAAAGAAGAAACCAGAACUUCUAGUUGAUGGCUGGAACGUGUACUUCUUUGAUGAUUUAAAAAACCUUCCAAGUCACUGGCCCCCGUAUGGGAAGAACACUGAGAGCGUGGGGGAGCUGUGGCUCGGACUCCUUCGCUUUUACACCGAGGAUUUUGACUUCAAAGAGCAUGUAGUGUGUAUCCGACAUUUUGCACGCCUCACCACCUUCAACAAGCAGUGGACAUCCAAAUACAUCGUCAUUGAAGAUCCAUUUGACCUGAAUCACAAUUUGGGUGCUGGUCUGUCCAGGAAAAUGACAAACUUCAUCAUGAAGGCUUUGAUUAAUGGCAGAACCGUGUUUGGCACGCCCAUCAAAGCUUUGCCUCCAGGUUAUCCCAAUUAUGUGGAGUACUUCUUUGAUCCGGAAGUUCUCACUGAGGGGGAAGUGGCUCCCAAUGAUCGCUGCUGCAGAAUCUGUGGCAAGAUCGGCCACUUCAUGAAAGACUGCCCCAUGCGCAAGAAGACCAGGAACAGAAGGGAUUCUGACAGAAUGCAGGAUAACCCACGAGACAAAAGGGAUGGAACAGAGGAAGCUAGGGAUCAGGUCAGACACAGAAAUGAACACUGGAGGAAGAGAGAUGCACUGGAGAUGCGCUGCUGCUACAUCUGUGGAUCAACUGCCCACAUUAAGAAGGACUGUCAUCUAUACCGAAGCCCUGGAGGAAAUGUAAGGGUGGAUAGCUUUUCUUCCUCCCCUUCAGCCCACCUGAAGAAUUUGAGAGAAAAGGAGAAACAGGGCUCGCCAAUACAAGAAGAGAGGAAGAGGAGAAGGCAACAAAAUGUGAUAUUAAGUCCUCAAGCAGGUAGUUUAGCCUGCCGAAAUAUGGGUCGGUCUGGUCACAGGAAGAGCCCAGUGGAAUGAGAAGCAGCAGGAUAUGUAGACAGCGAGAAUCUUCUCUUAAACAUGCAGACAACGUCCCAAAGUCCUGAAAACCAUCAAGCUGAGUGGUACUGUAGGGCCAAUUGGAGCCUAUUAAAAGCCAAAGCCUGGACAACUUGACUUGAAGCCAAAUAGGGCCUUUUUAUGUGUGUGGUGUACCCCCAGUCCCAGAGCUCUCCUCUUCAGAGGAGCUUUUUAAAGCUUUCAUUUUAACAAGCAUUCAUUAUGCAUGCAUCCGAUGUCUCAGUUUCCUUACGCUGCCACCCAGAUUUAGAAAAAACAACAUGAACUGCAUAAGUCAUAGCAAAUUCCAAUCCCUUAAAAAAGGAAAGAAAACAAAAACUCAUUCAAAGGAGUUUGAUAUUUGAUGGUAACGCUUUCUGACUAUAAAAGCGCCACAGUCAGUAAAGACCAAGUGUUUCUAGAUACUGCGGCAGUAAAUAAACAUGGAGACGGGUAAAUACGUACUCUGACGCUUAGUCAUGUAUGGUAAUCAAAGUUAAACAAAACCAAAAAUCAAGUCAGUCUACUUGUUCAUUAUUUUAAUAAUGCUGUUGUUUCUUGGGAUUUAACAAAAGAAUACAGUGUUUUAUUUGAAUGGCAGUGUGCCUUUUGUUGUAACCAGGUUCUCUUUUUUUAGUGGAUUUUAUUUUUUAAGACUUUUUUUUAUUUAGCCUCUGCACGUACGCUCAUCAGACCAUUUCCCUUUCAUUCUUAAAAGUUUGUGUAUGUUCGGUAGAAUAUGUGACCUAAUGCCCCCCCACACAGUGAUGAUUUUAUUCUGAAACUGUCGGUCCAAUCACUGUUUUGUUGUUACACACUGUCUCUCGGCUGUCUGCAAGUGUGAACACAAGGACAGAACAGUGCUCUUUCUUUUGAGUUUAUAUCCGUCUCCACACGUGCUCGGUAGCAUUGUAAUGACAGUGCAGAUGAGGUGUGGUUCAAAAGAAGAAAAAAGAAGAAAAAAAAAUCAUGCUUGCACUAUGUGGUAAUUUUUAUUAUAUUUUUUUUUUAAAAACAUCCUCUGGUCCAGCUUGCCUAUACUGCUGCAAACGCAGCACUCACUUAUAAACCCAUAAGUUUCCUCUUUUUAUUGCAACGGUGCCACAGUUUGGUAGCUGCUGUGUGAAGGUGUAUAUCCUUGGAUUGUGUUGCUGCUUGUCAUGUCUCAAUGACCUGCUUUUCAUUAAACUUUAAAUGUGGA